AUGGCGCCCGCAAACAAGAGAAGGUCUUCGACCACGAAGCAAUUCUGGGUGACUGAGGAAUACCGAGAAGACAAGUCAAAAGGAGCCAUGCUCCGAUUCGAGGACUCCCUCCCCAGACUCCCGGUCCCCUCCCUCGAAGAGACGUCCGCCCGAUACCUGAAAAGCCUGCAUCCUCUUCUGUCCAAGGAGGAGUUCGCUGCUUCGCAAAAGGCCGUUGCAGCCUUUAACCAGCCCGGUAGCCUUGGCGAGAAGCUCCAAGAACGGUUAAUAGCAAAGGCACGAGAUCCCAAGGUCAAGAACUGGAUCAUCGACUGGUGGAAUGAGGCAGCAUACCUGGCAUACAAGGAUCCCGUGGUCCCUUAUGUCUCGUACUUCUACUCGUUCCGAGACGACCGAAAGAGGAGAAAUCCAGCCAAGCGUGCGGCAGCCAUUACCACUGCUGCACUAGAAUUCAAACGCCAGGUCGAUGACGGGAGCCUGGAGCCAGAGUACAUGCGAAAGAAGCCAAUGGCCAUGAGCAGUUAUGAGUAUAUGUUCAACACAUCCAGAGUCCCCGCAGAGCCUGCCGAUUACCCCGUUCAGUACCCGGCCCAAGGCAAUGAGUACAUCAUUGUUAUCCGAAACAACCAGUUCUUCAAGGUCCCCACGCACAUCAAUGGAAAGCAGCUCAAUACGUCCGAGUUUGAACAACAAUUCAACAAGGUCUACAGAAGCGCACAAACGUCGGACCCAAUUGGUGCCCUGACAUCCCUACCACGAGACCAAGGUGCGAAGGCACGAGCGAACCUACUGGCUGCAUCUCCGGUCAACGCGGGUGUUUUGAAGGAAAUCGAGGCGGCCUCCUUCGUUGUCUGCCUUGACUCCGCAACUCCUGUCACCCUGGAAGAACGAGCACACGCCUACUGGCACGGUGAUGGCUCCAACAGAUGGUAUGACAAGCCUGUUCAAUUCAUCAUCAACGACAAUGGCACAGCAGGCUUCAUGGGUGAACACAGUAUGAUGGAUGGCACGCCAACUCACCGACUCUGCGACACCGUCAAUGCCUACAUCGUCCACAACAAGCUCGACUUCGACAACCCGAGCAUUCGUUCCGACCUGUCCGAUCCCACUCCUCUCAGAUUCGAGACCAACACCGCUGUUCUGGAAGAUGUCGCCAGCGCACAAAACCAAUUCCGGCAGACGAUUGCCGCACACGACCUGCGCGUGCAAGCAUACCAGGCCUACGGAAAGGGCUUGAUCAAAAAGUUCAAGUGCUCUCCUGAUGCCUAUGUUCAGAUGGUCAUUCAACUCGCUUACCACAAGAUGUACGGCAAGAACAGACCCACCUACGAGUCGGCAGCCACGAGAAAAUACCAGCUCGGACGAACAGAAACCACGAGAACCGUGUCGGACGAAUCCGUUGCCUUCUGCAACGCAAUGGCAGACCCGUCUGUCUCCCGAGAAGAGACCGAGCGACUCUUCCGCGAGGCCGUCAAGGCCCAUGUCCAGUACACCGCCGAUGCAAGUGACGGAUACGGAGUGGACCGACACCUGUUUGGCUUGAAGAAACUCAUCCAGCCGGGCGAAGAGGUUCCCGAACUGUUCAAAGACCCCGCAUACACGUACUCUUCGACAUGGUACAUCAGCUCGAGUCAACUGAGUUCAGAGUACUUUAACGGCUACGGAUGGAGUCAGGUCGUCGACCAGGGCUGGGGUAUCGCUUAUAUGAUUAAUGAGAACAGUCUUCAAUUCAACGUCGUCUCCAAGAAGCUCGGCUGCGAACGAAUGAGCUUCUACCUGAACGAAGCCGCCAACGACAUCCGCGACAUGCUCCUGCCGUCCUUGGAGCCUCCAAAGGCCAAACUGUAA